AUGCAACGAAAGCAAUGGUUCAUUAUUGCAGGGGCGUUAUUCAUAACGUCUCAAUUAUAUCUAUACUUUUUUUAUCGACAUUUUGAACAUUUUCCUCAAAUCUCAACAAUAUCCAACCUGACAUCAUUAAUGGUACCAUUCGAGCAUUUAGAGCGUAAUGCAACUUUUUCUUGUUCGGAAUUAACACUUCAAAGCCGUUAUAAAUUAGAAUUUCAACAACUUGAGCAUUACGAUUUAAAUCAAUCAUAUAAACAGCCAUCCAUGAGUAUACGUUCAAAGCAACAGAAUCAGACUGAUCUACCACAACUACCUUAUUUCUAUUCUCUAUGGAAAACAGCAUCGAUCCUCCCACGCUUAAUAACACCCUGUGAACACCAGGUAUAUAUCAAUCUCUUGAAGACAUUUGAUCAAAUAUGCCGACAAGGUGGCGUAGAAUAUAUGAUUAGUUAUGGUACCUUACUAGGAUCGUACAGAAAUCAUGAUAUAUUACCCUACGAUGAUGAUGUCGAUGUAUUGAUACAUGUAAAAUAUUACUCGCUUUUAGCAAAAAUAAACAAGUUAAAUAACAAAACAGAUUGGGAAUUUUAUCGCAAUACACCUACGAAUAUGAAGUUUUAUUUUCUGGAAUCUCCGUCAGCUGGAGUUUAUAAAUGGAAAUGGCCAUUUAUUGGUAUGGACUUUUAUACAGAUAAUGCUACACAUAUUCGAUCUUAUAUGCAUAUCAGAAAAGAUAUAAUAUUUCCCUUGGUCUUACGUCCAAUAGCUGGUCUUUGGGUACCUGGUCCGCGUAACAUUUACAAAUUUUUCCAAGUGAUGUCCAGCCGUUACUACUCCAGUUUCUCGAUUGAUGAAAAGUGUUACACACAAGCUUAUUCACAUCGAGAGGAAAGACGAAAACACCAACAGAAAACUGUAUUUUGUGAGCAGCUACGUAAUAUUUAUCCUUAUAUUCGGCGUACAUGUGAUAGUGAUUAUUGUCAGGAGCACUUAAUGUUGAAUAAUGUUACGACCUUAUAUGUUUUAAAAAUGAUUAGAGAUAAAUAA